GUAUAAAUCUGCAACAAAUUCCUAUUUCAGAGAUAGACGGCGAUGGAAGAGAGUGGAGGACAAGGACGCCGGCGGCGAGUGGUGCUGGUUCCGUUCCCUGCGCAAGGCCACAUAAACCCAAUGCUUCACUUGGGUACCAUGCUUCACUCCAGAGGCUUCUCCAUCACCCUCGCUCACACCCUCUACAACUUCCCUUGCCCCUCCUCGCACCCCCACUUCCGUUUUCUCCCCUUCUCCGACGGCUUAUCUGGCCGCCAUCUCUCCUCCGGCGACCUCUUAUCCCUAAUUUCCGCUCUCAAUGCCAACUGCGUACCAUCGCUCCGAGACUCCCUGGCCCAAUGCCAGCCGUCCGACGAGAACGAGAUCGUUGCCUGCAUCAUCUACGACGGACUCAUGCACUUUUCCGAGACCGUCGCCGAUCAGUUGAACAUUCCGAGCGCCAUGCUCCGCACCAGCUCCGUUGCGGCGGCGGUAGCUUACGAGGCGCUCCCACGACUCCACCGAGAAGGGUUUCUCCCAAUCCAAGAUUCUCUAUUGCAGGACAGUGUGCCGGAGCUUCAUCCCCUCCGGUUCAAGGAUCUUCCAUUUUCUAAUUCGUGGAAAAUCGAAAGCUCACUGAAACUAGUAGCCAAUAUCGGAAAUCCAAAGACUUCCUCUGCCAUCAUCUACAACACCAUGGACUUCCUUGAACAGCCAUUAUUAUCACCACACCAGCAAAAGUCCCAAGUUCCUAUUUUCACAAUAGGACCCUUUCACAGAAUGGCUCCAACCUUCUCUUGCAGCUUACUGAAAGAAGACGACAGCUGCAUGAAAUGGCUGGACAAGCAAGCAGAGCACUCUGUUCUCUACAUAAGCUUUGGGAGCAUGACUUCCAUGGAGGAGAAAGAACUGACCCAGAUGGCUUCGGGUCUGGCGAACAGCCAGCAGCCUUUCCUGUGGGUGGUUCGGCCCGGUUCGGUUCGCGAGUCGGCCUGGAUUGAGCCACUGUCGGAAAGUCUUAGGAAAAGGGUUGAAGAGAGAGGCUGCAUUGUGAAAUGGGCACCGCAGAAGGAGGUCUUGGCUCACCUGGCGGUGGGAGGGUUUUGGAGCCAUUGCGGUUGGAAUUCGACUCUGGAGAGUGUCUGCGAAGGGGUUCCGAUGAUAUGCCGGCCGUGCACCGGCGACCAGAAGGUGAACGCGAGGUACUUGAGCCAUGUGUGGAAGAUGGGGGUGGAAUUGAAAAUGGGGAAUGAAUUGGCUGAGGGAGAGAUUGAAAGGGCCGUGAGGAGGGUGAUGGUGGAGGAAGAAGGGAAGGAGAUCAGGCAGAGGGCAAUGGAAUUGAAGAAGAAGGCUGAGAUUUGUGUGAGGGAAGGGGGUUCUUCCUUUAGAUCACUGAGCCAAUUGACUGGGUUGAUCUCAUCUCUCUGAUUUGUAAUUUUGUGGUGAUUAGCAGUUCUUCAGUGGAAACAUCAGAAGUUUCUCUGAAUUUUGUCUCUCACUUUUCUAAUUACUGAUGUUUUGUUAAUUAAUGACGUGCUUAUAUUUA